GAAGCUAAUUUUGCAGGGAAAAAAAAUCUCGUGGGGAAAAAAUUCAUUUUCUCUCUUCGUCUUUGAUUCUCUCUUCGUCUUCUCCAGCAAUUUUUGCUGAAUCCUUCGCAAUCGUCGAUUCCGUCGAUUAUUCCCGGUGGAGGUGUAAUCCGAGCAUCGCCUUUCCUUCCCCAUCAUCCAGGUAAGCGUCUGUUCUUCUUUUUCGAGUUGUUGUUUUCGAAUCGGUAGAAGCGACCAUUCAAGUUUCCAACAACUUCACCGCUCAUCCGCACGGUUUCUUCAAAUCUGCCUCGAAGCAAGUUGGUAAGCUUCAUUAAUGCCGAUUCGGAUCAACGUUCUCAGAUGGGUAAGUAUCAGGUCAUGAAACCGGCAAGUGAGGUUAAUGUUUCUGGUGUCAAUUAUAAAGAAGAAGCUAUCAAAGCCCCUCAUUUGACUGGCUUUUUGUUAAGAUGCUUGAAGCACCGCUUAUAGGUUCAUCGAUUGUAGAUUCACCGAAGAAGAAUAAUGGCAUGACCGAGAUCUUUCGCAACACAGUUAUACCAGAAGAGCCCAUGUUUAGACCGGAAUUCCCAUCUCAAAAAUCGGAGCUUGAUGUUGUCAUUGUUGGCGAAGAUGAGAGCCCUAUAGACAGAUUGGAGACAGCCUUGAAGUGUCUUCCUCAAUAUGAUCCUUCAUGGAUCAAACAACGGAUCAAAAAUAAGGAGCUUCAGUACUUGGAGUCUUGGAUCGGGCACUUGAUCAGUAAUAAGGAGCUUCAGUACUUGGAGUCAUGGAUCAAACAACGGAUGCAGAGUUCUUCAUCUUCUUCUUCUCUUCCUCAAAUGCUUUAAUAAUCAAAAUCUCUUCUUCAUGUUAAUAAAAUUAAAUUUUUGACUUUUUUGUUUUAUAAAAAAUUAAUUUUUUAUUGUUGAUGAAUCUCUCUCUAGAAUUUACCAAUGAAACUCAAAUAUGACACAGGUUCUUCAAUAAACUCAAAACACAAAAAAAAAAAUAUUUUAUUUUGGUGAACCCCAAAAUAAGAGAGGUUCAGUGAUGUA